GCUAAUCUCUUUUACAUUCUUUGUAUUCUUAAGUUUCCAGAGUGAUUUGUGAGCCAUGAUAGGAUCCUCAACACAAAGAGGCAUGUGAUCCCUGAUCAAGGAUUUUGAUCAUACCAAGACCAAUUGAGCCUUAAGGGUGAGGAUGGUCAGAGCAUACGAAGUCCCACCACACUCAAAGGGGGGUUAGGGGGGGGGGGGGACACUGGAGAUGGUGUUGCAUGAUGAACAGGGAGACCGCAUUCACGCUAUCAUAAAAAGGCCACAAGUCGAGGUUUACAAAACCAUGAUCAAGGAAAACAAAAUUUACGUUCUAAGGACGUUUUUGGUCCUGGACAACUACCAAACUGUCAAAACAAGUGACCAUCCUUAUCUGAUUCAAUUCAUCAGCAAAACUCAAUUCACCGAGGAAACUAGGACAGAGUUGCCAAUGAUGGUGUACGACUUUCAACCAUUUGACAUGUUGCAGGCUCAAUGCGUCAUCAACGACAAAAAAUUGAUUGAUGUCAUUGGGAAAGUCAUAUGUAAGAGCGGUGUUCAAAACCACAUCAUUAGCGGCCGAACUCAAAGAAUGAUGGAGUUGACAUUAGGAGACCCUGAAGGGAACAGACUCGGAUGUGUUUUGUAGAACAAGUACAUAGACCAGUAUAUGGAGUAUGUGACCGAAAAUGUUGGUGUGCCUGUGUAUGUAAUUUUUCAGCUGUGCAGGCCAAAGAGAUACCAAGGGCAGGGAGGGACAUUCACUUAGAUUCUGGUAGUAAUUCUUUCUUCUGUGUCCUCCAUCUAUGUUUGGAGGCCUUGUGAGUGCUAAUGCAAACAGUCCGCACCUACGGAAGUCUGGAAGCCGAGUAUUUGUUUUUGACAUUGGUACUAUUGAGUCGGGAGGUGGUGCUGAAGAUUUUCUGCAUGCAACUGAGGUGAACGAAAUGAAGGGUGUCAGCACUCCAUUGGCCAGCAAGGCAAUAUUGCCAUCUCCAGUCUUGCUUUGGAGAUUUAAGGUACUUCUUUUUUUCAUGUGGGGGUUUGCUUGUUGCAAGAUUAGCUGGGAUUCAGUUAUGAGAAUGAGCGCAAACUUGAGGGAUUUAUUUUUAUAUGAGGCUUUUCUGUAUUACAAUCCUCUACUCCUAGUGACUAUGAUGGUUUGGUUUUGGGGUGUGAACUUAUGGGUAUUUAUGCACUCUAGUGUUAACUAUGCUAAGAUUUUUGACCUCGAUCAGAAUCAUCUCAGUCACAGAGAAAUUUGGAGGUGUGCUACCUGGAUGACAAUAAUUGUCCCUACUAGCAUGACCGCCUAUAAGAUCUUUAUUCGCACGGAGAAGUGUCUUUGGCUGCCUCACAACCAGUGUGCUCUUAUAUGCUGCUCUUGCAAUGGCACUGAUAUCUCCCUUUGAUAUUUUUUAUUUAUCAACUCGUUUCUUUUUCCUGAGGACCUCUUGGCGAAUUGCUUUCCCAGUAUAGGCAAGUUUUUUUCCUGACUUUUUUUUGGCUGAUAUAUUUACGUCCAUGUCAAAGGUUUGGUAGAUGCAAUGUUUAGGCAAUGGGAAGAAGGUUGCUGCAAAUGGGGCUGGCAGUGUUGUACAUAAUACAGGAAGGUGGCAACCUACUGCGCCCGUACUUGAAAAACACAAGAGUGGACCGAGGAUGGAGCGCAAAAGAGCUCUGAAUUUGUUGCAAGAUUGUCUCAACCCCAGCCACAAAGGAUGCAUCAUCAGAGCCAUAAAAGCAUGACUGUGAUGUGUUCUUGAGAACAUGUAGUGACAAGCGUGGGCGUGAGCAGAUCUUUUAUGGCUCUAAUGAUGCAUUCUUUGUGGAUGGGGCUGAGACAAUCUUACAGCAAGUUUAUGGCUCUUUUGCACUCCAUCUUCGGUCCACUCUUGUAUUUUUCAAGUGGGUUUUUGCCUCCCUGUAUCAUGUACAACACUGCCAGCCCAUUUGCAGUAGCCUUCCUCUCAUUGCGUGAACAUUGCAACUACCAAAAUUGACAUUAACGUGAUUAUGAUUCUAUUUUUUUGCAUGAACAUUGUGGUGCUUGUUGUAAAUUGUAAAUAUCAUUCACAUUUACCCACAUUCCCUUUCACUAUCCGUCACUGUCGUAGUAUUUAGCAGUGAAUGCUUGGAUGCACAACUUUUGAAAACACUUAUGAUGUACAUUUUUGCAUAGAGAAUAUCAUGUGGGUAUGUAUAUAUGCUUGGAUCCCAUAUUGUAGCAGAUCCAACAACCUUUUGGACCCAACUCGCGCUCUCCCCUGGGUUUUUUCAAGUAUGGCCAUGGGUGAAUGAAUCUUCUCGUCAUUUCCCCCUGUAAUGUGGAGAACCCGCCACAUAGGUGCAGUGAGUAUUUUCAGAUUUGGAGCGUUCAGUUUGUAGAAUGGUUCAUUGCCAGGUAGCCACCAUUGCAUGGUUUGAAGCUGAUUCUGUUUGUGGCAGUCACUCUGUUGCAAUUCCUAUAGUUCUUGUGUUGCCAUAUUUUUUCCGACUCUUUCAAUGUCUUCGGCAAUAUAAGGAUACUAAAGAGAAGAACGCUCUACUUAAUGCAUUAAAGUAUUCAACUGCGGUACCUGUGAUAUUUCUAUCGGCCCUUAAGUAUCAUGUCUUCUCUCACAACUGGGAUAACUUAUAUCGUCCUUUGUGGCUUCUCUCCAGCGUUUUGAACUCACUAUACUCAUUCUAUUGGGAUCUGAACAGAGAUUGGGACCUCGGUUGCUUUACUCGAAUUUUCAAGUUCAACAAGCCUCAUUUCUUAUCAAACAUGUUAUAUGGACGGAAAUGGGUUCACGCACUCAGCUUUACAAGUGUAGUUGCAAGACAAGGCCAAAACACUCAGAACGCAAGAGGAGAGACGACAUCUGAUUAAGUGAAUAGUGAAGAGUUUCAGAAUAGGCAUGCAGCGAUAAGAAGGCCUAAGGUAUGGGUGUUAUCUUCGUACAAAGCAAGUGGUCUUCAAAAGACAAAUCCUUAUCCUGCUCCAACACAAGAAGACGCAAGUACAAUACUUUGGACGUCUAGGAUUAAAUCCUCUUAACCAACGGAGGAGAUUAAUCUACUGGAGAUGCCUAUAAAAAUAGGCAGAAGCAUGAGAUCAAAGGCAAGUCAUUGAGUUCAAAGCAAGUGGUUCAGUCAUUACACUACGCAUAUCCAGCAAAAGAAAAAGUGCUUGAACACUCUGCUUUGACUCAUGCUUCACUAAGCUCUUAGACUAGAUCAUUCAUUGUAACAUUUAUAGAGCUUAGGUUUUAGUUGGCGG